GGUAGAGGGCUUUUAAAAUGAGAGGGACUUUAAAGGGGCUGAUUGCAGGUGGAGCUCAGCCUUGGUCUUGCUUCUUCUUGGAAAAAGGCGUCAAAAAGCAGCAUUUCAAGUUUGAAGCUGCAGCAACAGGCUGGUGGGGAAAUCGUUCCACAUGCAGCCAGAUGUCCGGGCAACUGGAAGGAGGCCUGCAGCUGAGGACAACAGCUAAAAGUGGAGCUCUAUCUGAGGAAGUUUUUGAUUUGACCGCUUCUGACGGAAGCGCCAAGAGGCGCUCCAGUCCUGGAGACCAAGGGGAGAACAAAAAGGUGUCUGCGUCUCCGCAGGGCUGCGAGCAGAAUGGGGAAGUUCAGCGAAAAAUGACGCGCAGCCCCAAAUGCGCCCGAUGUCGCAACCAUGGCGUUGUGUCUUGCUUGAAAGGCCACAAGCGCUUCUGCCGCUGGAGGGACUGUCGGUGCGCCUGCUGCCUGCUGGUGGUGGAGCGCCAGCGCGUCAUGGCCGCACAGGUAGCGCUCAGGAGGCAGCAGGCUGCGGAGGGGAGAAGAGCGCAUGGACAGGGCAAAAAGGGGGUCAAGUGUUCAGCUCCGUUGAGGAGAACAGCAUAUCAUUGUUUUACCAGAGCAGCUGACUCAGGCGUUGCGGCUAAGAGCCACCCGCAGGGGUUAAAACCUUUAUUCCCAAUAGAGGAUGGCACGUCCAAUGGGCUGAAGCAACGACACCAAACUCACUUUCCUUGCCCCUCCAUCACCACCCGCAUGAGAAAGAGACGAGCCUUCGCAGACAAAGAGCUGGAGAAUGUGAUGUUGGAGCGCGAGCUGAGACAUAGAGAGCUGCAGAGAGAAGUUUCUUUCUCUCCCUCCGCUCUCAUCCCCAUACUUCACCGUCCACCGCCUCCUGUAUCCCCCUGCCUCCGCUGUUGCUCCCCCAACAAGGACUCCUCCUCUGCAGGGGCAUCCAGCUGUGUGCCUGUAUAUAAAUAUAAGCAGUUCUGUGACUGUGGCCUCCAGUUUUAUAACUUCUUCCACCUAAAGAGUAGGUGCUCCACAGGAGGCGAUUAUAAUGACGUUUUGUUAAGCCAAAGCUCAGCGCAGCACGGGGAGGAUAAGGAGGUGCACAAUGGUUGGAGAGACUGUAGGAAGAGAAAUGAGCCCGAGCUCACACCCCCGCUAUCACAGCAAAGACUUAAAGCUGAUGUUAACAUUGUUCCGUGUGUUUGUUUUGUCAAACCUACAUUAAAACAAACAGAAAGUAUUGGUAUAGAUGACUUUUCGAUAGCUAGAUUCCCAGCCCCUGCAUCAGAUAUGCCUGUUCUUAGUGAGCUAGGUGUCUUGACACACACUAGGACUUUUGACACCAGACCUUUAGGUGGAAGAGGCUGGAACGCAGACGCUCUUUCCACUGAGGCAGGUCCUCAUUUAGACUUUGUCGAGGGCUCCCAUCAGGGCUCAGUGAGGUCUCCUGCUGUGAGGCCGUUGCCUUUUUCUGUAGAGGCACUGCUGAGAGCCUGACAGGCAAAUGGAGAGCCAGUCUAAGUGCACUUUGUUUCAUGUAAACUUGAGUUUCAAGCUAUAAAUACAGCUGCAAAUCAUGCAACAUAUGCAUCAUUUGACUUUUGAUAAACAUAUUUUUGCUAUUUUGUAUAUAUUUUGGCAUAAAUAAACCACACUGACAGAUGUUUCCCUUUAUUUUCUUGUAACAUUCUGCUUUUGCUACUUUUUGAACAGUGUACAUGCUGUAUUUCUUUCGCCUCCUGUGCAGUGCAAUAAAAAAUGUUCCUAAAUCGAUAGUUUUUAUUUGGUGAUAUAAAUAUACAGCACAAAUGCAAAAGAAACCUAAUAAAAAGUAAAGCAGCAAAGCUA